AUGUGGAAUCUGAACUGCAGUGAAAGCGACACGAAGGUGGCAUGCCUGAAUCUGGGCGAGGCGGUCCUCACGAUAUCCUCAAUGCUCACUGUUAUGCUGGUGAGUAGUUUGUUGAUCGAUGAAAACACCAAUUAAAAUAUUUUGAGUCAUGCGGAUCUUGGCUUCCGUUCCCCCCCCCCCCCUCACGUCUCUGCUGAUUUAUUCCUUUCUUUUAUGUUUUCUCAAAACUCGCUUGCUCAUUAGUAAAACUACCAUACAUUGGAGUCCGCAAAGCAGGCGCACAAGGAAGUAGUUCUCUGGGGUCAUAUAUACGUGUCAAUUGGUCUGACUAGUGCGUUAACAUGCUGCCAAUGGAUGAUGUGAACCGGAAACGGCGAUAUUCAAAUAGAAUUAUUCCAGAUCAUCAUAUUCGGCAACUUGCUUGUUGUCGUCACUGUCUACAGGGACCGGAAGUUGAGGAUGCAGCGUCAGAAUUGGCUGAUCGUGAGUUUGGCCGUCGCGGAUAUGCUUGUCGGCCUCUUGGUUAUGCCACUUACUCUAGCUUACGAAAUUGUCGGAGAGUGGACACUAGGUGAGCAACACUCGAAAAUAGAGAGGAAACUUGAACUCUACGGCUUCCAGGGACCGUGCUUUGUGAGAUCUGGCUGGCACUGGACGUGCUGUUUGUCACUGCCUCUAUUCUUCACAUUUGUGCAAUUUCACUCGAUCGGUACUUCUCUGUUACUCAUCCACUCACGUAUCCGGCCACACGAACGCCUCUCCGGAUGUUCAUUUAUAUUGGUAAGGAGUGUUCGAAGACCAUAGAACAAGGGACCGCUUUCCGAACAAACAGGAAGCGGGUAGGGUAUAAUUUGUUUGCACUUAUCCUUUUUUGAAUUGAAGACGAUCACGGUGACUUUUAGGUGUUUCGUGGAUUGUCUCUCUUCUCAUCUGUCUUCCUCCGAUCUUCGGAUGGAGGCCAGAACGUGCGGAAGGAGAGUGCUCGGUCAGCACUGACAUUGGUAGAUAAGCUUUGCAAAAUUGCAGGAAAAAUGACCGAUUGCUUUCAGGAUAUGUUCUUUACUCGUCCCUCGGGUCUUUCUACAUCCCCGUUGUCAUCCUCAUCAUCGUCUAUGCAAAAAUCUACAGCAUCACGAUUCGUCACAGCCGCCAACGGCUGAAGGAGACCGAAAGACGAGACCACACGCUCAACAUGCUGACUAUUCGCAGCAGCACUAACGGUGAGUGAGUGGGAAUUCCCUGCCACCGCGCCUCUAUUUAACAACGUUUCUCCCCCCGCCACAGGGUGUGCCGCCAUAGCUCAGUCGGUUAGAGCGUGGGUCUAAUAAGCCCAAGGUCGCAGGUUCGACCCCUGCUGGCGGCAAAACCUUUUUGAUUUUCUUAUUUUUGCUAAAUAUACAUUAUAGAGCGAUACAACAUGGAAUACGAGUUGGAGGAGAACUCGGAUCCAGCUGAGGACGAGAAAGAUAAGCCCACAUCCAACCGGGAUGUUAUUAACAAAGUCUGCUGGCAGUUGAGAAAGAUUUCCGAGGAACUUCCGAGACAAGGCGUUAAGGUGAGUGUGAGUGGAUCCAGAAUCAGUACUCUCAUUUAUGCUUAGAUCUCGCUCGACACAAAUCACAACAGCCCACCAGCGUCUGAUCUUGCGCGGAAAAUGGAGGAGAAAGGUUUUUGUGAGAAGAGAAAACGAAAGCUGAAGGCCAAAGAGCGACAGGCGACAUUGUUGCUUGGAAUUAUUCUGUCCGCCUUCAUUUUGAGCUGGCUCCCAUUCUUUGUGAGUUUGAAAAUGACUAGAAUCGUUGUGAAUUCCAAAUGUUUCCAGUUGAUCUAUGUCAUUGGCGCGUUUGGCCACGAAGCUCCGCCAUUGGUUUUCAAGUUCUUCUUCUGGCUCGGAUACUGUAAGCAACUACUUGUUUCGAGGACUUGUUUCUGAUUUUUCUGAUUUUUCAGGCAAUUCUGGUAUCAACCCGGUGAUCUACACUGUCUUUAACCGAGAAUUCAAACGAGGACUCUGCAAGCAACUGCACAAGUUUGAGAGAUUUAUUCAUCCGCUCAUGGAGCUCUACAAAUGA